AUGGCCGAGGCAGAUUUAAAAACCAAAAUAACACAGUUGCAAAUGGCAACCGAGAAAAGUGAUGCAAUUCUUAAUGGAAACAAGAAACGAGCGAUUGCCAGACACGGAGAGAGCUUGAAAGAAACAAUAGCUGCGGUAAAUAAAUUGCGAUUAACAGUCGAAGCAGAGAAAAUUUCCAAAGGAACAAGUGCCGAGGAGAUCGAAGAGUGGAAUAAAACCGUAGAGAAUACGAUGGAAAAAGCCGACGGUAUGGUUGAAAUUUUAGAGCAAUGGUUAGACGAACAAGAUGCGAGAAAAGAGAAAAUACAACUCAAGGAGAAAGCAGAAAGAGAGGAAAUAGAACGGGAAAAACAACUACAAUUUGAGCUAAAAUUACACGAAGCUAAGGUGAAAUUACAAUCUGAAAUUACACCGGAAGUAAGUGUGCAUACAAGCGGAAGUAAGCAAAACAUUGAAGUGAAAUUGCAAAAACUUCAUAUAACAAAAUUUAACGGUACUUAUGCAGAUUGGCCAAGAUUUUGGAACCCUGUUUUCAGAAACUAUUGACAAAUCGGGCAUUUCUCCUAUAAACACAUUCGCCUAUUUACAAGAACUGUUAUGUGAUAAAGCAAAAAGGUCAAUUGAAGCCCUACCCCAUACUGCUGAAUGAUACGACUGAGCAAUUUCCAUCCUGAAAGAUCAGUUCGGAAGGAAAGCGAAGUCGUGAAGACCGUUGUGAAAGAAAUAUUGGAUCUACCACAUAUUGCUAUCUACCACAUAUUGCUACAGCCAACACUAAGAAAAUAAAUGAGUUCUAUGAAAAAUUGGCUUACUGUGUGCAAUCGCUAGAAACACUCAAACAACUUGAUGCUAUUAAUGGAACAGUCUCCAUGAUAUUAGAUAAGCUGCCUGCAAUAAGAGGUGAUCUUGCACAAAAUGAUUCCACAUGGGAAAAGUGGGACUUUAUACAGUUUACUGAUGCCUUACAACUCUGAACCAGCGAGAUCGACAAGACACAAUGACGAGACAUUACUACCAGACACAACAAGGUAAAACCGAACAGUCGAGUAAGAAACGCCCUUGUGUAUACUGCGAUGGGCAUAACCAUCGAUCAUCAGAGUGUGACUCGAUUAGAAUGGCAGACCAACGCAAGGCUAUUUUGGCAAAGAAAAAGUUAUGCUUUAAUUGCACUGGUGUGGCACACAGAGCGUCAGAAUGCAGGAGCACAGUGACAUGUAAGAACUGCGGCAAAUGACAUCAUAUUUCAAUUUGCGAUGAGACCGGUCCACCAAAACCAGUGUUAACUGUGCAUAUGGAGGAAGACCAGCAAGUAAUCUACCCCACUGUGUUGAUUGAAAUUGAUGGGAUCAAGACACAUCAUGCCCUUUUAGAUACAGGGGCUAGUAGUUCAUAUGCGUCAGCAAAGUUGAUUGAAAUACUUCACAAGAAACCAAAUCAAGUAAAGACAAGAAGGGUGGACAUGAUGUCGUAGAGAUAUAUUCAGCUAAUAUUCAGUCGGUUGAUGGUAAAUUUAACAUGGAGAUCGAGUUAUCUAAAGUCCACAAACCACAACUUUUGAUGAUAAACAACCCGAAUUUCAAGGAACUUUGCGAAACAUACACCCACCUUGAGGGAGUGAAAGUCAACGAAGAUCCAGCAAACCGAGAUCAGAUUCCAAUCCACAUAGUCCUCGGUGCGAGUGAAUAUGCGGCUGUCAAAACACGGACAGCUCAGAAAGUCAGACAGCCAGGGCAACCUGUAGCAGAAAGGACCCUACUGGGAUGUGUAGUGUCUAGCAUAAUUAACAUUAAUUAUGGACCACGAGGAAGUAAGCAAGAUGGCGAUAUAGAUGCAACUGUAAGAUUAUGUUCUGUUAGAGAUUAUUAA